GCCAGCGGCUUCUGAAACGCAGCAACACCACCCCAGACCAGUCUCCCAACCCGCAUGUGCCCGGGGUUCGCGCCCCGCCCCGCCCCAACUUCCCUUGCACACGCUCGGGGCGCAGGCGCACUAAGGUCGUUGAGGGCACGUGUGACGUCAGCGGCCGCCGAGGACAGAGCGCGCGAAAAUUGGAAGGCGGCCGCGCGAGCUGGGGACAGAGGAUGGCCCAAGAUACCACUGUGCCUAAAUUGAACUUUGAGUACUGGCUGAAUAAAGCUGUUGAAUGGGGUCAGACCACUACUUUGCAGUCCCAGCAAGAUGUCUGCCUUCAUCUGCCUAAAUUACAGGAGUUUCUACAGCAGAUUUAUGAAACCCUGAAACAUAUGAAUUCAGUUGCAGCAAUCCAGAGGUUUCCCUUAAUUGGUCAGUUAUUAGGAAGGCUUUGUUGGAAUCCCUUUGUUAUAGGAUAUGAUGAAAGCCAGAAGACUCUAAUAUGGUGCUUAUGUUGUCUGUACAGCAGUGAACCACAGAGCCCUGUGGAAUUGAAGGCCAACAGCUGGAUACGAACUUUGUUGUGCCAUCUCCUUUCAUCUUCUCCAUGGGGAUCUAAGGAAGCUGAUACCAGUAACUUUAUUUCAGUUCUUGGCUACACCUCUGAAGAUUAUUAUGAGAAAUUGGUUGAAAAUAUGGUCUUAUCAUUAGUGACACAACUCAGGGGAAAUCGGUUGACUGGAUUUAACAUUCAAGGGAGAAUUUCAGCUGAUCGUGUGUACACAGUUUCCCUUUUCUGUGUUCCUCUUAUUACUUUGCCUGAUUUGACUCCAUUACUAGAAGCUCUCCUUACCCAUCAUGGAAGCAAAUCACAAGAGGUUCUCAGCUCAGAGUUUUUAGAAGCUGUGAAUGAAGCCUUUUUAAGAAAGAAGAUUGCCGUCUCAGAAUCAGCUGUCUUCAGCCUGUGGCUUCGUCAUCUACCCAGUCUUGAAAAAGCUACAUUGGAUCUAUUAGAAAGAUUAAUUUCUAAUCAAACAACUUCACUGGAAGAGGUGGUGUGUAUCAUAAAAGAUUCAUUGCUGCCAAAAGCAUCAUGUUAUCCUGCUAUCUUCAGAAUAGUUGAUGACAUUUUCAAGAAUGCAGUGUUGGAAACAGAUGGAGCUCCAAAAGUAAUGCUGAUAAUACAGGUGUUUACACAGUGCUUUGUCCAGGCUCACCAGAAUGAUAACAAGCAGCAUAAAUUUCCAUUGAAGGCCUACUUUCCUCACCGCCAUCUGCCUCUUGUGAUAGCUUUACUCAAGCAUCCUUUUGAUUUGCCAGCUACAUUCUGGUCUCAGCACUUGAAACACAUUUCUGACAUGCUAAAAGCAGCAGUAGAAGAUGAAAUCAUUAGAUCUUAUGCUGACCUCUUUGAGACCUGGUAUUUGUUUGUUCAUUUUGGAGAAUGGAUUGAUAUUGCUGCAGAGCAGGUGCUGAAGUCAGGAUCCAAGUCUUCAGAUGCUUUGCUGUGGUUAUUGGCAUUUUAUUAUAAUCCAUACAAUGAAAAUCAUCAGAGGAUUCAAACAAUGGUAGAAACUAGAGCUGUGUGUGACCACCUAAAGAUGCUUUUCAGCCAUACAACCCUCUCCAUCACAGAUCUGGAAGCUGCAGCUAGCAGGAUGACUGAUACAACACAACCUUGCACCAAACACCUUAUCAGGCAUCUCUUAAUUAGCUUUUUGCUCUUUUCUUCUGGUGGACACAAGAUUGCCCGAGAAUUUGUUUCACAUAUUACAGAGGCAAGGGAUGCAACCCAUGAAAUUUUUGCCAGUCUUAUCCGUACAGCUUACAGGCUUAAUCAUUUUGGAGAAAAAAACCAAAGGACUAUAAAGUUGGUGAAUGAACUUCUUCAAGGACUCACAUUUAAGAUUUAGUAUUUGUGAUACUGUCCAGUGAUCCAUUAUUGAGGAUCCUGAUGGAGGUAAAAUGUCUGAAGCCAGCUGCAGUGCUCCAGCCAGCGUUCCACAAUCAUCAUCUUCAACAGCAGCAUUCCUUGUUUUACGUGUAGUAUUCUAUUUAGUAGUGCCUAAAAUCCCAUUAGUCAUCGUUGCUGCAACAGAACAGUUGAUCUCCAUCUUCACAGCCAGUGUUGUGUGUAGUCUGCUGCACAAAUGAACUGUUUUAUUGUAUCCCCAUGAAGAACUGGUCGUUGAUUCCCGGUUGAGCUGUGCAAGCUUUGGCUCAGAGUGGAAAAUGUUCAUUGAUGAUUGAGUACUGUGUAUUCCAGAUGGUCGAGCUCUACAGGCUUCAGCAGGUUCAGCGUUGUCUGGGCAGACCAGCUUGGACUGUCCUCCCCUUAAAGGAGGGAGAAGCUUGUAGUCAACUUCAGUGACCUGUUUCUCGGCUCCUUCAGCCUCAAGUGCAUCUCAAUUCUCCAGGUUGCCUAGAUGCCCAACUGGCAUUUCUGGCUCCACCUAGGCUGACAACUGGCCUACAGCCUGUUCGAUGGUAUGCAACAGUGAAGGGGGCAUGCACUGGAAUGCAGUUAAUUCUCUGUUAAGGAGAAAGGUGCAGAGAAGUGCCAGAAAGGCUGGGUGAUGGAAAAAAUAUGUUGGGAACCUGGUUCUAGCCAAACAGUGCACUAAGCAGCAAAAAAUGUUGAACUCUACAGCGUCACUACAGAAAGCUCAAUGUGAAAGCCAUGCAAUUGCAAAAUGGGGCCCUGAACAGUGAUAGUUCAUGUAUCUUGGAACUAUUGUUGCAGGCACUUUGCAAACCAAAGUUGCGAAUGUCUGGCCUCACAUUUUUUAACUAAAAAAACAGAUUCUGGAAUAGGUCUCUGCAACAGCGGUCAACUCUAAGGCAAAUCACAUAGUUAUAAAAUGCACAGGUCCUCUUCUAGCUGUGAUUCUUUUCCAUUUAUGGUAUAUUAUAGUCCUUAACAAGAGAUAUAGGGGUCAGUGCAUGCUAUUUAGGUUCAAAAUGCACUUUAUGUUGGUCACAUUAAAAUCUUAUCUAUCUUAGGUCUGCCACUCCAAAAGUGUUAACUAUAUUGCCUGUUUGACACCAACAGUAAAUUUGCCAUUUUAUAGAUAAGGUCACACUCAAGGUAAUAAAUAACAAGUAAGUACAAAAGGAAAGGCCCCCUUACCUGAAGCAUAAACGAACACACCAUGAGCUCCUCAAUUAUUAACCAGUAUCUCUUGCUUACACUGUAGUCAUAUGCAUUGUUACAUUACAGGUCUAUGUUACAUCUUGCUUGACUCGUACCAUUACAAGACUAAAGUUCCUUAUGGCCAUAUUGUUGAACUGUGUGUACUCUUGUUAAAUGCAGCCUACCCAAGCACAGCAAAACUGAAUCAUAGUCAACCAUAAGCAACACAACAUAUUUGUUCAUCAGUCAGUUUGUUGUUUUUUUUUAAUUUGGAAGACCAUGGCCAUUCUCCUUUACUGCUGUACAUUCUUUGUUCUGUAAUUCCCACCCUUUAUGACGGGGGUGGGGGACAACCUUUUUUGGAAGGCAUGCCACAAAUUAGCCCCACACUCUCCCCGAGUUCACUCUGAUCCCCUUUUCCUAAUUGCGUCCUCUGCUUUAUUCCUGAUCUCUUGGCUCUGGUUUUUGCUUCAGUCCUACCUGCUGCUGUGCUUCCUGGCCCUUCCCCAAUCUGCUGUGCACCCCACACACAGGCUGCCCACGCCACUUGCCCCUGCUUCAUGGUAGUGAAAGCUGGUUUCAACAACACUGCUGGAGAGUGACAAUCAGUGUUUCCUAUUAGAUGGUUACAGUAGGAACUUUCUCACCCCUCCAAAGUCUACCGCUGACGUUCUGAUUGUUGCUAGGCUGCUUGUUCCACAGUGAGGUGUGCUGUAAGGCAAUAAAUAAAAACAGCUCUUUUGGAGGGUUAUCUUUACCAUAAGCAAAUUGUUAUUGCCUUCUCUUUGCAUGUUUAUGGGCUAGAUCUUCAGAGGUGUGUAGAGUAAAUGUCAGAGGAUGCAAUAAUUGGCAUGAAUUCCUGUAUUAUUCCCCUGCUUUUCUCAGCUGAAGGCAGGGAAAACUGCAGUUCAAGUAGCAACAUAUUCAAGUACUCCAAAUAGCUUCCUUUUUAUGUUGAAAUUAUAACAUUUCUUGUCUUCUUGGUUAGAGUUUCUUCACCAGUAGAGGGAAGGGCAGGAGGAGGGCAGAGGGAGAUUGUCUUGAAGUCUUCUUGCAAUGUGAUCUUUACAUGGUUUAAAUUUACUUUUAUUAUUAUUGCACAUAUACUGCUCAGGGCUUGACUUAUGCUUGGGGUGCUGUCUAAGUCAGCUUUAUUCAAUUCUGAAUUGUUUUCCUUGUGAAAUGGGCACAUCUGUGUUAUUAGUAGGACCCUGCAAGUAUAAACUGUGAAUAAAAUGAUUGCAGUGACACUGCAUUUGAAAGGCUGAAUCUGAGCUGCUUUGCUGACUAUAGCUAGCUAGGGGUCUACUCAAAUCAAGGACACAGGCAGCCGAUUUAUGGGCAGAUUGCAAGGCUGACCAUUUUCACGGGCUUAGCCCAGUGUCCCCUCCCCUAAUUGGCUGAUGGGCCUCAGUGGCUCUGCCUCCUGCCACUGAUUGGUUAAGAAGGCUGUCUGUGAUAAGGCCCUGCCCUCACCACUGAUCAGAGAGGGAUGGGGCUGCAGCCAUUUUGCUCACUCCCCUUUGAACCUGCAGCCCCCCUCCCCCCAUCAGCAUUUUAUUUAUAAUAAGUUCCCUCCCUCCCUCCCCCCCUGUGGAUUUUGUGGACAUUGCCCAAUUUUGCAAUUUCUGCAAAACUGCUAUUUGAGUAGGUCCCUAACUAUAGCCUAGGCCAGCAGUUCUCAACCUUUACUCUAAAAAGGCACCCUUGGAAAAUAAACAACUCUCCUGUCAUGCAAGGGUCAGAAUAUUUUUGACACUAUGGACCCUAUUAGAAAUCUCUGGGUUUACUUUGUGAAUUGGAUGUAGAUGUCUGCAUACCAAACACUACUAAUACUGCGCACCACCCUUAAAAGGAUUUCAUGGCACCCUUGCUGAGAACCACCGCCUUAGGCAACUGAAAAUGUUUCCGGAUUCUGGUGUGGCAGAGACCAUCCCGAGAAAGUAACCAGCUCUGCUGCGUUGUGCCUGAGAUCAUCAUGGAACCAAAUGCCAGCAGGACACAGGUUUUAUGCUACAAGAGGGGUUUUUUUAACUGUUUGCUUAUCAUGAUUUUUUCCUGUCACUGUUUGUUAACCAAGCAUAUUUCAUUAAUUUCAGUACCUCCUUCACAAUAAAGGAGUAGAGAAGUUUUAACAGAACAAAUAAACCUAUAGUAAGUGUUAUGAAAUGACUAUAGUUAAAAAUGUACACAACUUAUAAAAAAAUACUUUAUUUGUAUAAGAGUUCAUUGAGGUAAAAUAAGUAUACAAA